AUGUAUACGAAAGAUAUGCUGCGAAUCUACUGUACAGAACGCUUGGAACCUUGCCAGCUAUAUGUUCGAUACUAUGUGAGCAAACUUCUGGUAGAAGCCGAGCUCAAUAAAGUCAAAUUGGCCAACAAAAGCCACCUGAAAGCCGACAAGUCGCUCAAGAUUCGUGUAGUUCCCGUAUCGGGAGAAGUCGUUGCUGAGUAUAUGGUAGAAGAGACUACAAUGCGGUUAUCCAUAGUAAUGCCACCUGACUGGCCUCUGUCCGUGCCAACCAUACAAAUUGACAAAGCAAUAGUACCAUCCGAGAAAGCGAAGAAAUGGUUGCUUCAGCUGACAGCCUACUUAUUCCACCAGAAUGGCUCUACGGUAGAAGGAAUAAUAAUGUGGCGAAAGAAUGUGGAUCGUGAUGUGGAAGGUGCCGAAGCAUGCACGAUAUGUAUGAUGACGAUCCAUUCAACGAACCAUCAGUUGCCAAAGGUUAAAUGCCGGCAAUGCAAGAACAAGUUCCACUCAAACUGCUUGGUAAGUUUUCUGCUAUUCAGUUUCUUUGCAACUUGCCCCAUCAAUGAUCGAAUACAUUUUCAGUACAAAUGGUUUGAAUCCAGCAGUCAGUCCAGCUGUCCUUUGUGCAGAGCGAACUUUACCUAG